AUGAGCUUCUGCCAUUUACUACGCUGCCGUGUGCUGGGCCCCGGGCAGCACAGACUCAGAGUCCCUGUGUCCCCAGUCCCUGUGGCGUCAGUCCCUGUGCCCUCUGUCCCUGUGUCCUCUGUCCCUGUGUCCUCUGUCCCUGUGUCCUCUGUCCCUGUGUCCUCAGUCCCUGUGGCGUCAGUCCCUGUGUCCUCUGUCCCUGUGGCGUCAGUCCCUGUGUCCUCUGUCCCUGUGUCCUCUGUCCCUGUGUCCUCAGUCCCUGUGGCGUCAGUCCCUGUGUCCUCUGUCCCUGUGUCCUCAGUCCCUGUGGCGUCAGUCCCUGUGUCCUCUGUCCCUGUGUCCUCAGUCCCUGUGGCGUCAGUCCCUGUGUCCUCAGUCCCUGUGUCCUCAGUCCCUGUGGCGUCAGUCCCUGUGUCCUCUGUCCCUGUGUCCUCAGUCCCUGUGGCGUCAGUCCCUGUGUCCUCUGUCCCUGUGUCCUCAGUCCCUGUGGCGUCAGUCCCUGUGUCCUCAGUCCCUGUGGCGUCAGUCCCUGUGUCCCCAGUCCCUGUGUCCUCUGUCCCUGUGUCCUCUGUCCCUGUGGCGUCAGUCCCUGUGUCCUCUGUCCCUGUGUCCUCAGUCCCUGUGGCGUCAGUCCCUGUGUCCUCUGUCCCUGUGUCCUCAGUCCCUGUGGCGUCAGUCCCUGUGUCCUCAGUCCCUGUGUCCUCAGUCCCUGUGGCGUCAGUCCCUGUGUCCUCAGUCCCUGUGUCCUCAGUCCCUGUGUCUGUCAGGAUGUGA